CUGCCCUAGAGGAGACACAGCGGAGAAAGUAUUCCCUGCGGGAUACAUCCCAGGGAUCCCCAGGAUACAGGCAGAGAGCUGCGAUAUCACCCAAGGAAGGAAAACCAGGCAGCUCCAAGGAAGCCAUCACCCACAGCCCACGAGUGACCCCAUGGCAUCACCCAGCCGGGAGGGUCUGGGGGUCCUCCUGGGGCUCCUCCGCCCCCUCUCGCCGCGCUCGUCGCCCUCUGCCCCCUCCGUUUGUUGUUCUUGGCUGGGUUUGAGCUCUGUCUAAAUUUAGGCGGCUCUAUUUCAACACUCUGCGCGGGGAAGGGGACGGAGCAAAGGUAACCGCGGAGGAGACGGCGCACGGCGGGGUCUGCUUUUUCCGCACCCCGGGGUUUAUGCCGCGAGGCCAUGCGGGUGCUUAGGGCGCUGGGUGGUGUUUUCCCGGCCGUCACCCCAUGGAUCUGCCCGGUUGUCCCUCGGGGCAGAGUUGGGUGACAAGGACAAGCCAACCCGCGUGUCCGCCAGGGAAGGAGCUCCCUGCGCCGGGAGACAGCUCGGAAAGGGCUGACGCAGGAGAGCUGCUGAAUGAAGGCAGGAGAAGCCAGCGGGUGAGCAACCCCCGAGGAUCUGCAUGGAUUGGAAUGGGGAAACCUGCCUGCCGUAAGAGCCCAAGGCAGCUGGAAAAGCCCAGCUUCUUCCUCCGCGCUCUCCUCCUCCUCCUCUUCUGCAGGAAUGUUUCUUCCCAGUGCAAGAUCCGGCGCUGCAACUCCGAGUACGUGGCCGCCACCCUCAACCUGCGCCGCUCCGACCGCAACGCGGUGUACUGCAACGCCCUCCGCUCCUACUCCCACUGCACCCGCAAGAUCGCUCGCACGUGCCGGGGCAACCUGGCUUACCACUCAGCCGUCCACGGCAUCGAGGACCUCAUGAUCCAGAACAACUGCUCCAAGGAAGGUCCCACCUUGCCGCCGCGGCCGCGGCCGCUGGCUCCCAACCAUCAGGGCUUUGAGUCUCUCUUCAUGUGCAACUACGAGAAGAGUUUCCUCUACAAGCACGGACGGCUGCCCCGCUACCAGCACUGCGCGACUUUUGGGGACCCCCAUAUCCGCACUUUCCAUGACGAUUUCCAUACGUGCCAGGUGGAGGGCUCCUGGCCGCUCUUGGACAAUGACUAUUUGUUUGUGCAAGCAACCAGUUCUCCGGUGGUGAACGGGUCCAAUGCUACAGUCACCAGCAAGCUCACCAUCAUCUUCAAGAACAUGAAGGAAUGCAUCGACCAGAAGGUUUACCAGGCUGAGAUAGACAACCUCCCGGCAGCCUUCGAGGACGGCUCGGUCAACGGCGGGGAGAGACCUGGUGGAAGCAGUUUGACUAUCCGGGAUCUCAACCCCAGGCGGCACGUGAUGAUCCGUGCAGAAUACAUCGGCACCACCAUCGUCAUCCGUCAGGCCGGCCGGCAGCUCUCCUUCUCCAUCCGGGCAGCCGAGGAGGUGGCCCGUGCCUUCACGGAGGAGCAGGACCUCCAGCUCUGCGUGGACGGCUGCCCCCGCAGCCAACGCAUCUCCCGCAGCGAGGGCUGCCACGGCCGCACCACCACCGAGGCGGCUCGGGCGCUCUGCAAGGAGAAGCUGCCCGUGGAGGACGUCUACUUCCAGUCAUGCGUUUUCGAUGUGGUGACCUCGGGGGAUGCCAACUUCACCAUCGCGGCUCACGGCGCCUUGGAAGACGCCAGGGAUUUCCUCCCCAACACUUCGAAACUGCACAUCUUCCAGGCUGGGGCAGGAUGCUCACGGGUCUCUUCUUCCUCCCUCCUCCUCCUCCUCCUCACCACUUGCCUUCUGGCCGUCUUGUUGCAUUUUUAACCCUCCCUGGUGUUGCGUACAGCACACAGAAAGAAACACGGGGUGAAGACAUAACCUCUCUGCCCCUCAAAGUCUUCCCGGGAACUUCCUUUACACCUCUCUUCCAGUGUUAUUGCAGCAGACUUUUACUCAGGAACCUUAUAGAUUCAGAAAUAAUCGCCUCAAAGCCCAGAUCCCCAAUUAUCAGAAGUCAAAAAAGAUGUUGUUUGGUGGAUUUGGAGCCCUUUCACCCAACUGCUACCAAAGCAACGUGAGAGUGAAGCAAGGCGAUAAGUCGGUUAUUGAAGUUUGAGACCAAGGUUUGAGUUUUUUUGAGCUAAAACCCAACCUUUUCCCACCGCGUUCUCCUCUCUCUGGAUGAGUAAUGCGCUCAUUUCCAGCGUCGGGUGCUGCAGAGCAUCAGGACUUUGGCGUUUCAGGCUACGGUUGCUAUUUGUCCGUGUUGUCUCGGCACCUGUUUCAGACUCGCUAUCGCCAGUUCUGGACUUGGCGUUAAGGAAAAAACCCCCUCUCCCUUGGGCUCAGCUUUCUCGCUGCCGCGAGCCCAUCCGAACCCAAUCCAGACUGCAGGUUUCCCAUCCAAAAGGGGAAUUAAGAAGGAAGAGGCAGAGCUGGCAAAACGCCAUCGAGCAACAUCAACGGGCGGAUGUACGGAGAUACGGAGGUGAGGCCAAACGAGAUGUUUAAUAUAUUUAAGAGGUUGUAAGUAAAGCAGAGAAGAGUUGUAUAUGAUAAGAAAUAUUUUCCAUGUUCAAAGAGUUCUUUUAUUUUCAGUAAAGAGGGCUCACAUUAAAACUUUUGCCCCACGGAGGUGGAAAGAAGAGCCUCGCGAAGCCCUUCCGGAGGCAGAGGAUGAAGCUGACAGCCCCGGGCAGGGUUUGGGCAGCGUGGGGAGAGAGAACUCCAGCUGGAAAGCAAGGUCUCACAGCUCACGUUUCAGCAGAUCUGAUGUUACUCGUCAGGGUUUUUUUGAUGGUUCUGCUGAAGGCAUAAAGAGUAAAUACUGAGACGUCUCUUAGAUCUCGGCAGAUUUCCUCUCCGACGCGUACUAGAAGCACACCGUGACACAGCGUGAGAGUUGCUCUGCCUCGCGUGUGCCGCCCUCGCUAAUCCCCGAGCGUUUUGACAUUAAAGAUGGCUAUUUUUGAAGCCCUCAUUUCCUGUCAUCCGUCUCUUUAUUCCUUUGGUCGGCAGCAGCAGGUGAAGAUAAUAAUAUCUCGCCUUCCACCCACCGCUCCUCUUACUCCGGAGCUCUUUCUGGUCUAUAUAUACACGAACGGGGAGAAGAAACCAAGCCUGCCUCACGCUCCACCGACGUGCAGGAGACUGCAGGUCCUCACGGGAACAGCGUUCCCCAUCGAGAUAAAGCCCUCGAGAGCCCAAGGAGGCUGUGAGGUUGAUAGAGACGGAGGUCCUUAUAGAAAUGGGGUUGACUCGGUCCAGUAAUCAAAGACAGCCACUUCCAGGGUGCGAAACGGCAGCUCACGGCGAUGUCACACAACGGUCAGAAAGAGCAUCAUGGUCACCACAGGGAGAGAUUUUAUGAUAGAGAAUAUAAUUGUCCUUCAGAUUUUGGCCAACAGACCCAACCAACAACUCCAUGGGGAAGGGGGCGUCCCUAAUGGAGAGAUAGAAUCAUUAGGUUGGAAAAGACCUUUGAGAUCAUCAGCUCCAACUGAACCCAUCCACUAUUAAACCAUGUCCCCAAGCACCUCAUCUCCAGCCUUUUAAACCCCUCCAGGGAUGGGGACUCAACCACCUCCCUGGCAGCCGUUCCAGGGCUCGAGAACCCUUUCGGUGAAGAAGUUUUUCCUGAUGUCCAAUCUAAACUUCCCCGGACGCAGCUCGAGGCCGUUCCCUCUCGUCCAUCUCCUCUCACUGGGGAGAAGAGAUCAACACCCGCCUCUCUGCAACCUUUUAGGUGGUUCUGGAGAGCAAUAAGGUCUCUCCUCAGCCUCCUCUUCUCCAGCUGAACACCCCCAGGACCCUCAGCCCUCAUAACUUUGUUCUCCAGCUCCUUCCCAGCUCCGUUCCCUUCUCCGGAUGUGCUCCAGGACCUCAAGGUCUUUCUUACAGUGAGGGGCCCAAAGCAGGAUUUGAGAUGCAGCUUCACUCGUGAUGAGUAGAAGGGGAGAAUCUCCCUGUGGGAUGAGGCUCUCACUGGCUGGUGACCCUUGUAGAAGAGCAGGGCCAUGCUCGCCAUCUCAGACCCAGCUUCUUGGUAGC